AUGCCUUCCAAAUCAAGAGGUUUGAGAACGUCUACCGGUUGCUUGACGUGCCGCCAGCGCCGGGUCAAGUGCGAUGAAGGUCGACCGAAUUGCCAGAAUUGCGAAAGGGUCACCCGCGAAUGUGUCUAUGCUGAGAAAUCAUCUGCACCUCGACAACCCAGGGCUUUGAGUGCUCGCAAGCCAGAAGAAGGCUCAUCAACUGGUCCUGAAUCGGUUCCGCCAGAUAGCGAACCAGAAGCGAGUUGUUCGGUAUCAGGGAACACACUAAGCUCGGAGGCUAUGGCUCCCAUCCAAUCAUGGAUACCAUUUCCCACAGGGCAAUCAGUACUCCCUAAUAACGCAAUUCCCGACGAGGGAUUCCUUCUCAACAACAGCGUUUUCAAUUUCGGAGAUAAUUUAAUACCUACUUCUGGCCCUAAUGAAUGGUAUGAUCGGCUUGCAGCAGACACGAUCAUGCAUAUACAAGGGCCAUCUCAAGUAGGCUUUUUCCAGAAUUUCGACUUCGCAAGUCUAUCGAGAAGAGAAUCCCCCAUGCAGACCCUUGCCAUGGAAUCUGGGGAUAGUCUUUUCAACAAUAUGAAUAUCCAAUCAAUGACCCUCCCGACCCAGCCAUGGAAUACCCAUACAAAGCUCGAACUGAGGAAUGAAGAGACGGUGUAUUUUUCACAUUAUGUGACCGUUGUAGCGCCGAUACUGGAUCUGUUCGAUACCGAAAAGCACUUUACCAAUGUUGUGCCACAUCUCGCUCUGCGCAAUGUCGGUUUGCUCAAGUCGAUCCUGGCAGUUGGCGCAUCCCACAUGGAUCUCUACUCCGACCAGGACAUUGGUAAUAAGUUCGCAUCUCAAGCAUAUCCUCAAACACCUGGAUCAGGUUGCAAUGCGUCAACACUCACGCGAAGGAUUGCCGAGAAGUUUUUGUUAGAGACACUGCAGUAUAUAUCGCAAAACUUGAUAUACCAGUCAUAUACAAGUUCUCUGGAAAUACUAAUAACUGGUAUCAUGCUCUCCACAUGGGAGAUGUUUAGAUUAGGUCCAGUUCACCCCCACAGCGACUGGGAUCGCCAUCUAAGAGGAGCCUUUUGGAUCCAACGCAACACAGGUACGAGCGGAGAGUCUGCAGAUGGAUUACAGCGUGCAGUCUGGUGGGCAUGGCUACGACAAGAUAUAUGGGCAGCUUUUCAGACUGGAAGACCAACACUCACUGUCCACGAGCCAAUCACACCAAUGGCAGAACUAACGUUAGAGGGGCUGACGACACGUAUCAUAUACAUUGCUGCCAAAUGUGUACAAUAUGCCGCAACGCCCAAACAGGACAACAUCGCUGGUUACAUUGAAGCUGGAGAAACCUUGCUUCGGAUACUUGAUGCAUGGAAACAGCUUCUUCCGCCAUCGUUCGAUCCUAUCCCUGUUGUAUCCGCACCUCAAGUAGCUUCACCACCCUCGUUGGGGAACACUCAAAUUCAGCCCAUAUGGAUUCAUCCUCAGGCGCAUGCUGCUGCUAUUCAAACCUAUCAUUUUGCAAGGAUAAUCGUUUUACUUAACCAACCUUCCACUGGCGGUCUUAAUGCGUACCAAAUACGCUUCAAGCUCCUUCACGAAAGUACUUCGAUCAUAUGCGGAAUCGCUAUAGCUGAGCAAUCGCAAAACUUGCCGUCAGCUUUCGUUAGCUUUCAAGCAUUAUAUGCAGCUGCGCUUUGUGCUGAGACAAAAGAAAGGCAAGAAGAGGUACUGAAGAUUCUCAGAGAAGUCUUGAACAUCAGCAUGUUCCCCUCGAUCUCUAUAUUGAAUGACCUGGCCAAUGUAUGGGAUGGCAGCUCGAGUCAAUGAUUUCAUCAGACAGCUCACCUUGACGGAUGGAUAUCUUGAGCCUGAGGCCACAUCUCAAGUGAAACGGAUUCUCUACUGUCACGGACCAAAUAAUACCAAUCUCCGCGUCUCAAAGGUU